CUGGUCCACAGCCUGACCGACCUCUGCUGGGACUUGUGCAUUGACAAGCCAACUUCUCGCACAGAUUCCAAAACAGAGCGGUGCCUCUCCAACUGUGUUGACAGGUUUUUGGAUUGCACUAACUUUGUGUUGAACAGGUUUAGUAAAACAGCAUUUGCUGCUUCUGCUGAUGAAGUUACGUUUGAGUGAGCUUCUGUAGUUACACGUUGUAUUUGCAAAAGUGACUUGGUGGUGUGAGCAGCAGCAAUGUUUUCGAGCAUCAGGGGCUUCCUGGGCAGACACAAGAGGAAGUUCAUCAUCUCAGGGAUGGUGGUGGGGGGAGCGGUGCUUGUCGUGAGAUACGUGGGUCACAAGCUGGAGCAGUGGCGCGAGGAAGAGACGACGGAGAUACUGGAGCGUGCUCAGCGGCGCUCACACUUCGAGAGCACAGAGCGCACAUGCGACCAGACCAUCGUGUCGCUGGCCCCGACGGUGCAGGAGACCAUCUGCGGUCUCACUGACACGGACAGGAUCGUGGAGCAGCUGAAGACUGCGCAACCCGACCAGAAACUGGAGCUGUGGGCUCAACUGAAGGUUCUGACGUUCACACGGGCAUGCGUACUGGCAUACGGAGGAGCGAUGCUGGUGGCGACUCUCAGGGUGCAGCUGAGCGUCAUCGGGGGCUACAUGUACCAGGAUCAUGCGGGUCCCGGCAGGGUGUCCAGCGCUCUGCAGGAAAGCUACCUGUCGCUGUGCCACCACUUCUUGAGCCAUGGCGUCAAGGAGCUGUGCACCCUGAUCCAGGACAAGGUCGUGGCAGCCACCCGCAACUUGUCGCUCAAACAGAAGCUCACCCUGCAAGACGUGGAGCAGCUGUUCUGGACCAUCCAGGCCCAGGUGGCGACAGACACUCUCGAGCCACUUCGGAACAUGUCUCGAUACGUCCUGCUGCCGGCGCUCGAUGCUCUGUCGUACAACCUGAGCGACCACGACUCGGAAGUGCUGGCGAGGAUUGCCGCGGAGACGGCGGACAUCCUGGACAGUGACGAGGUGGCCUCUGUGGCCUCAUCCAGUGUCGCUCACGCCUUCUCGGCACUCAUCGACGGCCUGUGUGAGGGCUUCUGUGCAGUGCGCAGCAGCAAGGAGUCCCUCAAUGACCCUGUGCCCGGCCACUCUCGAGCACCUCCACGCCCCAAUGGUACACUGCCAUUUUCCCAUCCGAAUGCAGUGUUGAUGCCGCUUGCCAAGCUGAUCCCACUUGUAAACAGUGUGAUUCACAACUUCAUCAGUGGAGACAGGCAGGCACCCUGGCUUUACCACCACCUUAUCAAUGACAAGUUCAAGGUUCUCUCUGCAAAUAUUUACGAGGCUUUCUGCCAAAAACCAUGAAGUUAAGUCAGCCACUGCACACAAAACAUUCCGUAAAGUGUGAGUGAUAUCUAGUAUCUCAUUUUUUUUGUUUUUGUACAAAAUUAUGAAACAACUAAACUCUUAAGCUUGCUGCAGUUGUGUGAUGCAUUUAAUUUGGUUUCAUAUAUUGUUACCUUCUUAAUAUAGUCAUUUAAACUGUGAAAGUGUUGUUUACCAAAAUGUAAGAGCUGAUAAAAGUGUAUUAUAUAACAAAAUAUUGUGAUGGAGUUGGUCAAAUGGUAAACCAUAAGGUUACUUUUUUUUAGUAGUGUACUUCUGUGAUAUAAGAGUUGGGAAUUAAAUUUGGUUUUGCUAGA